GGCGGUUGUUGUACUAAGAAAUAUUAUUGAACAAUUUAUACUUGUUAUAAAUGUAAUAAAAGAAAAUUAAUAUAUUUCACAUAGUCAACUAUUUGUGUAAACAUAUUAAUUACUGUUGCGAUGAAAAUGUGUAUUUUUAAAAGUUAAGUUGAAUGUAUACAUUGUUCGAUCACAAACCAAAAUAACGCGGUUUUACUUAAGUAAUAUCAGAUUUCUGUGUAAUUACUUAGGAAGUUAUUAUUAAAUGGUGAUAAAUACGACAAGAUUCAUUGCUGAGAGAGGUAUUAUCAACAGGGUUGUCGCUUUCGUGUACAUAUUACAUGCAGCAUAUAACGCUACAAAAUAGAGAUGCGUUGACUGACAAGAAUUGUCAUAACAAUGGGUGAAACUGAAGAAUUCAACACUCUAGUAUUUGAAAAGAAGCUUACACAGUUGAAAGAUACUCAGGAGAGUAUACAAUCUUUAUCAUCUUGGUGUUUGAAACAGAGGCUACAUCAUAAAAAGAUAGUUUCAAGUUGGUUGAAUGUACUCAAGAGAGUUAAGAUUGAGCAGCGUUUAGUUCUCUUCUACUUAGCAAAUGAUGUUAUUCAGUAUAGCAAGAGAAAGAAUUAUGAGUAUGUGGAGAGCUGGGGUCAUAAUUUACAAAAGGCAACUCCGCUUGUUAGAGAUGAGAAAGUCAGGUCUAAGAUUCUACGUAUAUUUAAGAUAUGGGAGCAAAGAUCUGUGUACGACGAUGAGUUCCUAUCAGACCUUACUGGGUUACUAAGUGCUGGAGCCAUUAAAAAGGCAGAUGAUGACCCUUUAGACUUUCAGCCGCAGCAGUUAGUAAACAAAAUAAAGCAGUGCACAGUCCUAGAAGCUGACACACGGGUGAAAUUGAAAUAUGUUUAUGAAAACCAUUUGGAGUUGUCAGACGCAGAUGCACUGUGUGCAAGCAUGAAAGAUAGGGGCCUUAAAGAAGAUGUGGAAAAAGAGUUGAAUGAAGGUAUCUCAUGUAUUGAGAAGUACACUCAGGCACUGCAAAGGGAGAUAGUUGCGAGAGAGGCGCUACUUGCAUUACUUAGCUCUGCUAACCAGUACUACUCAACACAGAGGGGCGAAGUCAAAGUUGUUGCCUAUGCGUAUAAAAACUUUGGAUCCCGCGUAAGGGCGUUGAAGCGAAAAUUGGAUGAGUUAAUACCAACCUUACCCAGUUCGGCGCCAUCGCCUCCACAGAGAGACGAGGAUGUACCCUCACCAGGCCCUGAUGAAGACCUGGAGUUGCCUACUCAAAUAGAUACAACAGAUGAUGACGUGGCUUAUAAUAUAGAUCAGACCUUCAACACGUCGCUGUCGGAUGGAUCUCUGUACAAUCUCGGACUAUCGUCUUUCCUCACGUCGGACAAUCCUUUGUCGAUGUUUAACGAUACCCUUGACUUGGAUUUAAGUAACGCUAAUAAAAUUGAGGUAAUAAACACCAGGCCGACUGACAAACAAGAUUUCGAUAUAAACGAAAUCUUGAAGAGCUUUGAGCCCCCUGACAGUAACUCUACGUCUUCUGAAAAUAACUCAGCGGUGAGUAUAUCGCAAAAGUCCCAAGACGCGUUGCCCGGCUUGGACCUUUUAACGCCGGAUAGUACGGGCAAUCCCCCGCCGCCCACGUCUUUCUACGGCACUAUGGAGACUAUCGUCAUUCCAGACGAGCCGGACACUCCUUACCUUCCUGAAGCCUUAACGACUAACCAGUGGAGCAAUGCAUCAUGGAGCGUGCCACCGCCCGCACCAGCGAGCCAUAUCCAGCCGGUGGUGAACCCGCGCAGUAUUUUCGCGGAGCCGCCGGCCUCCCCGCCGCCCGCGCUUCACCCCGCACCCCACCCCGUACCGGCGCCGCUGCUCGAACCAAGGCCGCAGGAUCCACCUGCAGCUGAUGUCGACCAUCGCGGGAUUCUACCACCGCCGCCGCCGCCUCCUGUACUGCCGCUAUUAGGACACAUAGAAGACGUGGACCAUAGGAUGUUACCCGCUCUGCAGCCACCCCCCGUGCCCCUGCCGUCAGUCCGGCACGCACAACACCAAGAUGUGGAUCACAGGAACCUUAUACCUUUGACACAUCAGUUACCCGUCCCGCCGCUGCACAAUCCUAUGAUCGAGGAUCGAGACUAUCGAGUGCCGACGAUGUUGGCGCCUACAGACAUCACGGAGAGCGUGGACAUGGAUCUUUCGGAGGACGAGGAACAACAAGGCAUGUAUAGCCAGAAUCAAAUCCAACAUCAUCGGCACAGCUUCAACAACAACAACAAGGUGCUUGUCGGCGGUGACAUCGUCAAACAAAACCACAAUGAAAAAAGCAACUCGAACUUGAUACAAAUAAACAGCAUCAGCAUCAUAAAGGACGGAUCUCACAGCGCACCAUCGAUGCCACCUCUCUCGAAUCCAUUCGACAACAUGCCGGAUGGCCUGAAGUACAAUAUACCGCAGACUUUCCAGAACAAAUCGGCGAAUUCCCAGAACAAGCAGGAGUUCAAACCCCCACCAGAAUUCCAGAACAACCAACCCGAUUCGCAGAAACAACAGAAUUUCGCUAACAAACCGUCCGAAUUCAUCAGUCAGCUGCCAACUUUCCCAUUGCAGCCGGAACUCAAAUCUCCGCCAAUUCUCCCAAACAAUCAAUCAGACUCCCAGAGUGAUCAGCAAGUUUUUGAGGAGAAGAAAAAAUCUAAUGUUAGUGCAUAUGAAGAGGAUUUGAGAAAUCGCACCUUGAACAAAGUUAUAGUGGACCGGAGGAAUUCUUCUUCAGGGUUCGAAGACUUUACUGUGGACAGUGAUUGGAGUCAUAGUCCUAGACCUUUGAUAAACCAACGGUUCCCCAGAAAUUGGGGACCACGGACUAACCAUAGAGCCCCGGGUUUUAUGCCACCGUUCUGGCCCAGAAACGGUCCGCGGCCUCCAAUCAUGGGUCCAAGAUGGGGCCCGAGGCCGCAAAGAUUCUGGUGAAGUGUUAGUGCAAAAGAGUUUUUAUUUAUAGUUACAGAUAACCUCUAUAUUAAUUGUAAGAGUUUUUAAACUUUAGUAUAGCUGUAUAUUAACCAUGCUUAGUUUUAUUUGGUCGAGUUGUAGCGGAAAUUUUGGCUUGUUUCAACGUUUUAUGCACCUAAUUAAAACUAUUAUGUCUGCCCAGUUUGAUUUUUAUUUGUAUGUUAUACUUACUACUUGUUAUGAGCUAAAUUGAUAAGUACCCCCGAUGUAUUGAAUUAUGGUUUAUUGAACCUUUUUAUAAUUUAUGAUAUUUCACAACACUUCAUAAAUUAGGCUUUGUUUUGAAUAUAGUGAAAUAUAUAAAUAGAUAGAACAUACUAUAGCAAACUACUUUACUGUAAUGAAUAUUAAAUUUUAUACUAUUAUUUCAUUAUUUUAUUCACUUACCAAGAGAGUUAAGCUGGAAUUUUCUAAGUGGAUUUACUACAAAAUAAAACUGUGAUAGUACCUAAUACGAUAUGAGAAAGAUUUUUUAGCUUUGUAAAAAAAUCCACCAUCAAAUUAAAAAAGUACAUGCUCAUUAAUGUUAAAUUUUUUUUCAUUUGGCAUUAUCUAUCCCUAUCCAUAUGUCUACCGGAGCACUACCAUUUUUAACUUGUAUAAAAAGUAAUUGUUGCUGUAAUUCACAACGGACAACUAUUAUUUAAUUUUUAUCUCAACUCCCGACCACUGAUGGGAGCUGGUAAGUAAUUCGCUUA